AUGGGCCUGGCCAGCGGCCAGCUGCAUGGCCAUCUCCUCCUUUACCCUGCAGAGGUGCAGCUGAAACCCAAGCACCAGCCCUACAAGCUGGGCCGCCAGUGGCCAGAGCUGCUGCUGCGAUUCACCGAUGCCUCGGAUGAAGACGUGGCCAUGGAUGAGCCUUCCCUGCAGUUCCGAAGGAAUGUGUUUUUCCCAAAGCGCCGAGAGCUCCAGAUCCAUGACGAGGAGGUCUUGCGGCUGUUCUAUGAGGAAGCCAAGGGCAACGUGCUGACUGCUCGGUACCCUUGUGACCUGGAGGACUGUGAGGUGCUGGGUGCCCUGGUAUGCCGUGUGCAGCUUGGGCCCUACCAGCCUGGCCAGCCUGCUGCCUGCACUCUGAGGUAAGGACAGUGAGACUUGAGAUUGGCAUGCAGUGGGAAAGUUGCUGUGUGAGUUCUACUUACAAGUGGUUCUAGGUCCUGCACGGUGGGGCAGUCCUGAAGUCAGGCCUUGGAUGCACACAGGCUCACUGGGUGGCCUUGCUGAGGUCUCCGCUCUUCUGAGCUUCCUUUUCCUCAAUCUGUGGGCAGUGGAUACACACAUGACGUGACAUCUAAGAGGCAUCCUCAGCACAAGGGAUGUGCACAUGUAGAUGGAGCCC